CGACGAAGCAGUGAGUCUGAGAGGAACUCGUGCCAGUCUUUUGACCAUGUAUCUCGAAGUCGAAAGUAAUUCAAUUCAGAUUCUAUUUUGUCUGCCUCGAGAAGAAAAGUUCCCCCCCGUCAUAAAGUUCUCAUGGGAUUUUCCCUUCAGCGAGCGGCGGCCUUCAACCCCUCCGUUGUUCGUCCUGAAUUGGAUUUAUCACUACCCUCCCUUUGGAGCUUCUCUUAACUUUCUUUUCUUCUCACUUCUUCUUUUAUGUGUGCUGCCAAUCGGGGUCACUGAUUCACAACCCCCUCCUCUUCCCUGACGUUCUGGAAAUUGCAUACCGUCCCCGCUCACCGCGCUCGUUCUGUAUAUACUAUCACUAACUGAUGGAUCGUUCACUGCCCUUGUCG